UACCUCAAGUGCUAAGAGCAACUACGGCGAAAAUGUCGGACACUGCGAAUACUGCUGUCGAAGUAGAUGAGCAAGUCAUCGAAAAGAAACUCGACGAUCUCUCCAUCGGCAAGAAAAGAUCGCCAAGCAAGGAUGAUACAAGCAAGCAUCGUCUGCCAGCUGCCGAGCGCAUACGCAUUUGGGAGGAGGAGCAGAAGGCGAAGAUUGUUCUUACCGCUGGACUUCAAGGAAAGGUGAAGUGGUACUCUGUACUUCGUCGCUAUGGGUUCAUUUCCCGUAGUGAUGGAGAGAAGGAUGUCUUCGUUCACCAAACAGCUAUUUCCAAAUCGGACACUGAGAAAUUUUACCUUCGGACACUUGCCGAUGAGGAGGAAGUGCUCUUCGAUCUGGUCGAUGGUAAGAAUGGACCUGAGGCUGCAAAUGUCACCGGACCAGCCGGGGUGAAUGUUUCUGGAUCGAAAUAUCGCCAUCAGCUUCUCUCUCGCUUCCGUAAGAAUCGUAAACCGAAAAUCGUUGUUGGAGAGGAUUUUGAUUCAAAGGAAACUGAAAAGCUUGUCGAGGCUCCGGCAGUAGCAAUGGAGAAAAAGAAGCAAAGAAAGCAGCGUAAGAAUAAAAACCGCAAACAGAAGGACCAGAAGGGAGCAGGUGAUGCUGCCGACUCUUCUGCUACUACUGAAUCUCUCGGGACCUCUUCCGAAACUGCUUCUCCGGACUCGAAAUCCUGCACCAAGAUCAUCUCUGAGGAAGCUGGACUCUCCAAGAUCGAUCGUUGCGAUUCUGCUCUCGACGAUGCUGGCCUUGGUGCUCAGUUGAUUGAUGCUCAGAUCUAAAUUUCAUUGCUUUGUGUUCCUGAAUCUUUUGUACUUAUUUAUAUAGCACAGAAUUCUAGAUCCCCGUUUCCUGCAUGUUUUUAUGUCCCCAAAUCUGUUAUUUUGUGUCAGCCUGUAAAGAGAAGUGUUCUUAUAAUAAACCGAAAGUCGGCAAAGUAAA